AUGAGAGCACCCGUCACUGACUCUGGCAUCUCCUUCUUGUAGAGCUUCAAGCUGUGAUAGAGGUGGUAGGGGAGCCAGCCGAGGAAGAAGGAAACCACUGCAGCCACCAUGACUUUGAAGGGCUUCCCAGCCCACACCAGCUUCUUCUCCUUCAGCUCCAGCCCCACGCGGACAUAGCAUCCCAUGAUGGUGCAGAAGGGCAGCAGGAAGCCGAGCAGGAACCGGACCAUGAAGAUGGCCAGGUGGAUCCGUCUCCCCAGCUCCUGCGUCUCGGCUCCAUUCCAGUCUCCGGAGAGGGUGUAAUUGUUGAUGCAGGUGAUUCUUCCCCCAUCCACCACAUGGGUCUCCCGGAAAGCCAGGUAGGGAGCACUGAGACCGAAGGAGGCCAGCCACAUGCCCACAACCAGCUUCCCAGCCCGGGACAGGGUGCAGUGAUUCCGGGACCAGAUGGGGUGGUGAGUGAGGGUGUAGCGGUCCAGGCUGAUGAGGGUGAGAAGGAAGACGGAGGAGAACAUGCCCAUGGAAAUGAAGGCAUUGAGAAGCUUGCACGUGGCCAUGCCAAAGACCCAGUGGAAAUCCAGGAGGAGGUAGAUGGUGAAGAAGGGGAUCAGCAGGGUGAAGAGAAGGUAGCAGAAGACCAGGUGAAGGAACCAGAGCGUGGUCACCGUCCUCCUCAUCUUCAGCCCCAGCACCCACAGGAACAUCCCGUUCCCCACCACACCCACCAGGAAGGUGAUGAAGAGCAAGACGGCAGAGGCCAGGGCACCAUGGACCAAGGCAACAUGACUCUCCCACCAACCACUGGGGCAAAUUCCAGCCAGACCCCAGCAGCUGUGUGUGCCUCACACCUGGUCAUGGCCGUAUUGCUCUUCACCACCUUCCUGGUGGGUGUGGUGGGGAACGGGAUGUACCUGUGGGUGCUAGGGCUGAAGAUGAGGAGGACGGUGACCACGCUCUGGUUCCUUCACCUGGUCUCCUGCUACCUCCUCUUCACCCUGCUGAUCCCCUUCUUUGCCGUCUAUGUCCUCCUGGGUUUCCAUUGGGUCUUCGGCAUGGCCUUGUGCAAGUUCCUCAACACCUGUAUCUCUCUGGGCAUGUUCUCCACUGUCUUCCUUCUCACGCUCAUCAGCCUGGACCGUUACACCCUCACUCACCACCCCAUCUGGUGCCGGCAUCACCGCACCGUGCCCCGAGCUCAGAAGCUGGUGGUGGGCAUGUGGCUGGCCUCUUUCGGUCUCAGCGCUCCCUACCUGGCUUUCCGGGAGACGCACGUGGUGGACGGGGGAAGAAUCAUCUGCAUUAACAAUUACACCCUCUCCGGAGACUGGAACAGAGCCGAGAUGCAGGACCUGGGGAGACAGGUCCACCUAGCCACCUUCAUGAUCCGGUUCCUGCUCGGCUUCCUGCUCCCCCUUUGCACCAUCGUGGGAUGCUAUGGCCUGGUGGGGCUGAAGAUGAAGGAGAAGAAGCUGGCAUGGGCUGGGAAGCCCUUCAAAGUCAUGGUGGCUGCAGUGGUUUCCUUCUUCCUCGGCUGGCUCCCCUACCACCUCUAUCACAGCUUGAAGCUCUACAAGAAGGAGGUGCCAGAAUCAGUGACGGAUGCUCUCAUGGUCAUUUACACCUUGGCAUCCUGCUUCAAUGCCUGCUUCACCCCCAUCAUCUACCUUUUCGUGGGAGAGAAGUUCUGGCAGGUCUUCAGGACGUCUCUUCUCACUCUGGUCAAAGCAGCUUUUGUUGAUGAUCUCGGCAGCAGUGCCCCCGAGAAUAGUGGAAGAGUGGUAGGGCAGCUAGCCGAGGAAGAAGGAAACCACUGCGGCCACCAUGACUUCGAAGGGCUUCCCAGGCAACGCCAGCUUCUUCUCCUUCAUCUUCAGCCCCAUGCAGACAUAGCAUCCCACGAUGGUGCACAAGGGCAGCAGGAAGCCCAGAAGGAACCGGACUGUGAAGAUGGUCAGGUGGACUCGUCUCCCCAGCUCCUGCAUCUCGGAUCCAUUCCAAUCUCCAGAGAUGUCAUAAUUAAUUAUACAGGCAAUCUUGCCCCCAUCCACCACGCGAGUCUCCUAGAAAACCGGGUAGGGAGCACUGAGAUGAAAGGAGGCCAGCCACACACCCACAACCAGCUUCCCAGCCCGGGGCAGGGUGUGGAGAUUCUGGGACCAAAUGAGAUGGUCAAUGAGGCUGUAGCAGUCCAGACUGAUCAGGGUGAGAAGGAAGAUGGAGGAGAACAUGCCCAUGGAAAUGAAGGCAUUGAGAAGCUUGCACGUCGCCGUGUCAAAGACCCAGUGGAAAUCCAGGAGGACGUAGACAGCAAAGACGGGGAUCAGCAGGGUGAAGAUGAGGUAGCAGAAGACCAGGGCACCAUGGACCAAGGCAACAUGACUCUCCCACCAACCACAGGGGCAAAUUCCAGCCAGACCCCAGCAGCUGUGUGUGCCUCACACCUGGCUGCAGCCGUAUUGCUCUUCCCCACCUUCCUGGUGGGUGUGGUGGGGAACGGGCUGUACCUGUGGGUGCUGAGGCUGAAGAUGAGGAUGACGGUGACCAUGCUCUGGUUCCUUCACCUGAUCUCCUGCUACCUUCUCUUCACCCUGCUGAUCCCCUUCUUUGCCGUCUAUGUUCUCCUGGGUUUCCACUGGGUCUUUGGCACAGUCAUGUGCAAAUUCCUCGACACCUGCAUCUCUCUGGGCAUGUUCACCUCUGUCUUCCUUCUCACGCUCAUCAGCCUGGACCGCUACACCAUCACUCACCAUCCCAUCUGGUGCCGGCAUCACCACAAUGUGCUCCGAGCUCAGAGGCUGGUUGCGGGUGUGUGGCUGGCCUCCUUCAGUCUCAGCACUCCCUACCUGGCUUUCCGGGAGACCUGGAUGUUGGAUGGGGGCAGAAUCAUCUGCAUUAACAAUUACGCCCUCUCCAGAGACUGGAACAGAGCCGAGCCACAGGAGCUGGGGAGACGGGUCCACCUGGCCAUCUUCAUGGUCCGGUUCCUGCUAGGCUUCUUUCUCCCCUUCUGCACCAUCGUGGGAUGCUGUGGCCUGGUGGGGCUGAAGAUGAAGGAGAAGAAGCUGGCGUGGACAGGGAAGCCCUUCAAAGUCAUGGUGGCCGCGGUGUUUUCCUUCUUUCUCAGUUGGCUGCCCUACCACCUCUACCAGAGCUUGAAGCUCUACAGGAAGGAGGUGCCAGAGUCAGCGAUUGGUGCCUUCUUGGUCAUUUACACCUUCACGACCUGCUUCACUCCCAUUCUCUACCUCUUUGUGGGGGAGAAGUUCUGGCAGGUCUUCAGGACGUCUCUUCUCACUCUGGUCAAAGCGGCUUUUGUUGACGAUCUUAGCAGCAGUGCCCCCAAGUUCCUCAUGGUUCUAAAAUCUGAUGGGUUCCAGUGGUUAGAGCGGGGGGGAGGGUCCUGGGCGACAGUAUUUAUAGAGAGGUGUAAACGCAAGAGACGAGGAAAGAGCGACAGGUGCUCCUCCAGAGAAUCAGUCGCAGAAGCAGGAAGAGAACCCAGGAGUCCUGGCUCCCAGGGCCCCCCUUGCUCUGACCCGCUGGCAGGGCUGCCAACUGUCCCUUAUUACAAGGGGCGCCCCUUGGUUUUCCAUCUCCCUGCAAGAAGCUCGGGACUUGCUGAGUUCUGCAAAAAGCAGCAAGAAAACCCCCCUGGUGAAUGUAGGGCGAUGCUGCCCUUCAACUCCACAUCCGGGGAGGCCCCACUGCGCCAGGCCAUGAAGGUCACCGCGGCCGUGGCCUUCGGCUUCAUCUUCUUGGCGGGGGCGGCUGGGAACGGGGCGGUGCUGUGGGUCACGGGCUGGAAGCUACGCUGGACCCCCAACACUGUAUGGUUCUUCAACCUGGCCAUGGCCGACGUGACCUCCACCUCUCUGAUCCUGGUCACCAUCCUGUACCUGGCCCUGGAUCUGAACUGGCCCUUUGGCUCCGUGGCCUGCAAGUUGGCCAACUGCCUCUUCAGCUUGAGCCUCUGCAGCGGGGUCCUGCUGCUCAGCGCCAUCAGCGUGGACCGGUGCACGGUGGUGGUGGCCCCGGUCUGGUGCCGCCAUCACCGCACGCCGCGGCUCAGCUGGGUGACCUGUGCUGCCAUCUGGGCCCUGUCACUGGCCACCUUCGUGCCCAGCUCCUUCCUCUUCUCCGAGCUCUCCCUCGAGAGGAACCGGAGCUCCUGCAGCAACCUGGACAUCUUCCAAGACUGGAGGCGCCAAGAGGCCGAGAUCUUGACCGUGUUCAUCUUCCUCUCCCAGUUCCUCCUGCCCUUGGUGGUCAUCUCCGUGUCCUACUCCGUCCUGGUGGCGGCCAUGAGGCGGAAGAGGCUGGCCAAGUCCAGCAAGCCCCUCUUGGUGGUCACCAGAGUCAUCUUCUGCUUCUUCCUCUGCUGGUCGCCCUACCAUGCCUUGGCCUUGGCCAGGAUCUCCAUGGCCCACGUGCCCAGCGCCGUGCGCCUGGUGGCCAUCCCUCUCUCCAAGUGCCUGGCCAUGUUCAACAGCUGUAUCAACCCCCUGCUCUAUGUCUUUGCCGGGAGGGAGUUCCAGGAUGCCGUGCGGAGGCCCCUGGUGCAGGCCUUCAAGACAGCCUUCGAGGAGGUGCCACCAACCCAUGUGUGAAGGGGGAGAUGCCGUACUGCAGGGAGCUGGCUGGGGGAGCUCUCCCCUGGCAGUCAGGGCUGGCCCCGGUGCCCCAGUGUGGUGCUGUGCCUCAGGGGACACGCCGGGGGCUCUCCCCUGGCAGUCAGGGCUGGCCCCGGUGCCCCAGUGUGGUGCUGUGGCACAGGGGACACGCCGGGGGCUCUCCAUCUCAUUUUGAAAUGAAAAAACUCAGUUCAGUCCAUUCUGUUUGAACAAUUGCUUUGAACCUGCCUCCCCCGCCAGGGAAUUGCUUCUAAACACACACGUUCCCCAGCUUGUCGAUUUCAAUCGAGCCACGUUUUCUGACACAGACUCUGCCCUUUGGAAAACCUCAGCCAGCUCUUCUGGAGAGGCCGGCCUCCACUGGGGGGUAUGAAGAGCCCCACAAGGGGUGACAGACCCGUCUCUGCCCCCAACCAUCACAGAACUGAUAGGGAGAAAAGGAAGGGAUUUGUUAACCCUGACUGGCUGAUCUCCAGGUGAUUGUGGAGGGGCCUUUCCCCUCUAAGGGACACAGCCCCUGGCUGGCUAUGGGGGACAGGGAACAGCACAUAGGCCCUUUCCCCUAUAUGGGGCACAGCCCCAGGCCAGAGGAUUGGAUGGCUCCGAGGGCAGGGAUGGUCUUAGGAUGUCAGCGCUUGUCAGGAAGGAGACUGAAAUUCCAGGGAAAGGGUCACAAACUCCCUCAGUGCUUGGCCUGCAGCCCUUGACUUGCCAGCCCCAGCCCAAAUCCCUUCCACUGCCCACAUGUCCCCAUGGGGGUUUCAUGGGGACACAGGAUUUUCCAUUACAGCGUGUCUCAGCCACCAUAGCUGCCUUGCACUGCAGCUGGAUAAACAGCAACCCCACCCCAGAGGUGGUUGCAUCUCAGCUGCAGCUGAGGGAUCGCUGUAUAAACAGCCCCUGCACCCCACCAGCACCUAAAGUUGCUUCAGCACUUUAAGAUCCUUUUGUUCCACCCCACCCCCAAGAACCGCUCAGUUCUGUCCACAACCACAACCACACAGGAACGGUCGAGCAUUUUAUUCAUCAGGGAGAAGAAAA